UCUGGUUCAGGAUGCGCUUGUUCAACUUCCUCGGUCUUAUUCUCGGCUCGGCUGCCUUCGUGCAGAAUGUGGUAGCUUCUCCUGUUGAGGGCGAAACUGGUGAACCAGUGGUCCUGGCUGUCGCUGCCUUCCCGGAGGACAACGCGUUUGGCCACGUCGUGAACGGCGAGCGCAACAAGAUCUUCCUGUCAAUCGAGAACAAGUCCGCGCGCAAUGUCACUCUUAAGAACAUCGCUGGCUCGUUCCACGUCCCGGAUUCGAACAGGCUGGUCAAGAACCCCGGAGACUACCGGUUGAACAUCUGGCUCGAGCACGUCGUCGAUGGCGAAACCUACCGCGUCACCGCCUACGACUCCAUCGUCGCUGUUGUAGAACCCGCCGGCUCCUGGAUCGACCUCAAGCUCUGGACAACAUACCUCAUCGUCACCGGUCUCCUCGGCGCGCUCUCGUUCUACGUCUACACCACGCUUUUCCCCCAGCAGAAGAAGCGCAAGACCCCAGCCGUGAGCGCCCCGGUCGGCACCGUGACUGCGACCGGCGCGGGCGGGUACCAGGAGGAGUGGAUCCCCGAGCACCACCUCAAGAAGGCCACCAAGAAGUCGAAGGCGUCCGGCAUCGCUACCAGCGGCGACGAGACGAGCGGCGUCGAGAGCGGCACGGAGGGCAGGAGGCGCAAGGGGAAGAAGUAGGGUCGUGUAGCCUUACGGAACGCGGACGCAAAAUGGCACAUAGUCACCGACUGAGCUGCGACGUGCCUAGUAUGGUUUCGUGUUGCGUUUAUCUAUUGGUACUAUACUGUCCUGUGGUGUAGCUGCUUCGGAUAAUUGACUGAAC